AUGUCCGUUGUUGCUCACACCGUCAGCUACAAGCAAGCCGUUGAAAGGAAACGACAGGCGGACUGCAAAGCUCUCAUUGAGAAAAUGAAAGAGUUGCUGGUCCUGAAAGGAUAUGCACUGCCAGGGGAAUUGACAAGCCAAGAGCUCACCCUUUUCAAAGUGGUGCACACAAUCACCGGAGAAAACUUGCUCCCGAAAUUUGAAGAAAAAUUCCUCAAAAAAAAUGUAGAGUGUAAGAUGUCGAGACAAGAGCGAGGAGAAUUGAAGAAGGAGCGAGAGCAAUACAGAAGACAAAAGAUAGAGGCAUCCAUCAACCUUCUGGAGGAGUUCAUUUUUGCCAAAGGGCUCACGGGAGGCAGAAACUUACACCUGACUCGCGUGCGAACCCUCCAACUGACGCUGGAUUAUCUCCAGACCCUCGAAAUCUUCCCUUCUCCACCAAUCACUCCACAACUUCUAUCAUUCUCUAUUGAGCGCCUUCUUGCUCCAGAAGACAAGAACACUGAAUAUUUAAAAUCUCUGAAUCGCAUUUUUACUAUUUAUUCUGCCUAUAUUAGCUCCCAGUCACCAUCUCUUUGA